AUGUUGUCCGCAAGGUCAGUAUCCAGAAGACACUUGGCAACCCAGGUUGCCGCCAACUUCGCCAAUGUGCCCAAGGAAUUUCAGUCACGUGUCCCACCUUACGCCAAGCUCAUCGCUAAUCUGGAGAAGGUCAAGGCGAUCACCAACAACAGCCCACUGACGCUCGCCGAGAAGAUCCUGUACUCACAUCUUUGCGAUCCUGAGGAGUCCAUUAAGUCUUCCGAUCUUCGGGAUAUCCGUGGGCUGGAGUACCUCAAGCUUCACCCCGACCGUGUGGCCAUGCAGGAUGCGUCUGCACAGAUGGCGCUGCUUCAAUUCAUGACCACAGGUCUCGCCCAGACAGCGGUCCCUGCGUCUAUCCACUGUGACCAUCUGAUUGUUGGCAGAGACGGAGAGUCGCAGGACUUGAGCAGCUCCAUCGCCACUAACAAAGAAGUGUUCGACUUCCUGCAGAGUUGUGCCGACAAGUACGGGAUCCAGUUUUGGGGUCCAGGUUCUGGUAUUAUCCACCAGAUCGUCCUUGAAAACUUCUCCGCCCCAGGCCUUAUGAUGCUGGGAACUGACUCACACACACCAAACGCCGGUGGCCUUGGUGCUAUAGCCAUUGGUGUCGGUGGUGCGGACGCGGUCGACGCCCUGACAGGUACUCCUUGGGAAUUGAAAGCCCCAAAAAUAUUGGGUGUCAAGCUCACAGGUUCAAUGCAAGGCUGGACAUCUCCUAAAGAUGUAAUUACCAAGCUUGCAGGUAUCUUGACUGUGCGCGGUGGUACCGGGUACAUUGUUGAGUAUUUCGGCGAUGGUGUCAAAACUCUUUCGUGCACUGGUAUGGCUACCAUCUGUAACAUGGGUGCUGAAAUCGGUGCCACAACUUCAACUUUCCCUUAUCAAGAAGCUCACAGUCGUUACUUGAAAGCAACUGGGAGAUCAGUUAUGGCUGAUGCUGCCGAUGUUGCUCUUAACCAAUACAACUUUUUGAAGGCAGACUCGGGCGCCGAGUACGACAAAGUCAUCGAAAUCAAUUUGAGUGAGCUGGAGCCUCACGUUAACGGCCCUUUUACUCCUGAUUUAUCUACCCCUAUUUCUGAAUUCGGGGCGAAAUGUACUAAGGAAAACUGGCCUCAGAAGAUCUCUGCGGGCUUAAUUGGCUCAUGCACAAAUUCAUCAUACCAAGAUAUGGCCCGUGCCGCUGAUCUAGUGAGACAGGCCUCUCAGGCUGGAUUGAAACCACGCAUCCCAUUUUUUGUCACUCCUGGUUCCGAACAAAUCAGAGCUACACUGGAGAAGGAUGGCCUCGUCAAAACUUUCGAAGACAACGGCGCAAUUGUUCUAGCCAAUGCAUGUGGACCAUGCAUUGGGCAGUGGGAUAGACAGGACGUCAUGAAGACUUCCAAGGAAACGAAUUCUAUUUUCACAUCUUUCAACCGUAACUUUAGGGCGAGAAAUGACGGGAAUAGGAACACAAUGAACUUUUUGACUUCACCAGAAAUGGUGACGGCGAUGAUCUAUUCAGGAGAUGCUCAAUUCAAUCCUAUGAGAGACACUAUCAAACUGGAUGAUGGCUCCGACUUCAAGUUCAAAGCUCCAAGUGGUGAUGAACUACCCCAAACCGGCUUUGUCUCUGGUAGAAAGGAGUUCUACCCACCAACAGAUCCAACUCCAGACGCUUCAGUCGAGAUUAAAGUCUCACCAACUUCCGAUCGUCUGCAGCUGUUGGAGCCAUUCAAGCCCUGGGAUGGCAAGGAAUUGAAAACAAACGUCCUAAUGAAAGUUGAAGGCAAAUGUACAACUGACCAUAUCUCAGCUGCUGGCGUCUGGUUGAAGUACAAAGGUCAUCUAGAAAACAUCUCCAACAACACCUUGAUUGGUGCUCAGAACAAGGAAACUGGCGAGGUGAACAAGGCAUAUGACUUUGAUGGUACUGCUUAUGGCAUUCCUGAACUAAUGAUCAAGUGGAAACAGGAAGAAAGGCCUUGGACUGUUGUGGCGGAGCACAAUUAUGGUGAGGGCUCAGCCAGAGAACACGCAGCGUUGUCUCCUAAAUUUUUGGGAGGACAGAUCCUUUUGGUUAAAUCAUUUGCCAGAAUUCACGAAACUAACUUGAAAAAGCAAGGUAUGCUGCCUCUCACCUUUGCAAACGAGGAAGACUAUGACCGCAUAUCCUCUGGUGAUGUAUUAGAAACCGUUGGCCUUGUUGAAAUGAUAGAAAAGGAAGGAGCUAACGGAGGCCUUUUGGAUGUUAAAAUUACAAAGCCAUCUGGCGAGUCUUUCGUCAUUAAAACAAAACACACAAUGUCAAAAGACCAGGUCGAGUUCUUUAAAGCUGGUUCAGCUAUCAACUACAUAGGAGAAGUCCGCCGUGCUUGA